GAAAGGAUGGUGGUUGGGUACAUUGGGUUUUCUGAAUGUAAAUUACCGGUGUUGUAACUUUUAAAUGCUUUAUAAAUUUUAGGUUGAAGUAGAGAAACAUUAAUUUCUCUCUAAAUAAUCGUCUGUUAUAAAUGGUGAAAUAAAAUUACUUUCUUAUUAGUCAAAUUUCCAAGACCUGGAACGACUUAACCUUUAAUUUGUAUUUGUUUAUUUGGAAGAGUAUUUAAUGUGCUCUUUGUGCCUCUUUUCUGGAUUGUGUUUGCCCGUUCUUUUACAAGUAUAGAUUAGAUAAGAUAGAUUAAAAUGGAUUUUCUUGGUUCUUCAAAGACACGAAUACCUUCGAGAUCCUCAACUUCACCAUUAGCUAGGUCAGACAGUCUUGUAAGUCUGGAUUACAAGUCAUUUGUUUGUCCAAAUUGUAAUAGGCAUUAUGAAUUUCAAAUAAGAAAUACCAUUCUUUUUGGAAGAGUCCCUCUUGUGCUAGAUUGUAAACAUACAAUAUGUGAAGAAUGUGUCCAUAAUAGCUUAGCUAAAAAGAUAGUUGUGUGUGGUGUAUGCUCUGAUACAAAAACUCUUGAUGAAAAUGAAAAGCGAAAGCCACAACAGAUGUACUAUACUAAUUUUUAUGUGCUUGGCCUAAUGCUCUCAAACAAACCUGAGUCAGUAUAUUCAAAAUUCAAUUUAAUACCAUCUGGAGUGAAUUACUCUAGUCGUAGAAGAACAGAAUCAUUCCAGUCAAACCGGUCAAAUCUUUCUAUGAUGGAUCUUUCAAUGCCGCCAGUUACUAUUCCACAAGUUAAUUGUUCUAUGUUUACAUGUACCUUGCCAGCAACUGUAAAAUGCCAAAAUUGCGAUGAGAUUUUCUGUAACAACUGUAGUAUUCAAUUGCACCAGGUUUCCAAGACCUUUAUGAAACACACUAUAGAGUCUUUGGAACCUGCCACUCCAGAAAUAAAUAAAAAGUGUAAAGUCCAUUCUGAUUCAUUCCUUGAUUUCUUUUGUAAGACAUGUUCCACUGAAGUUUGCUGCUAUUGUAUUGUACAGUUUCAUACUGGGCAUGAGUAUGAACAACUUACCAUACUGGAAUCUUCAAAAACAUCUCACUUUCAGUCGUUGGUAACUAAGGCAAAUGACGUCCUGAAAAUUAUGACUGCAUCACAGAAGAAUAUUAAUAAACGUAUGCAAAGAAGCCAGUUGGGAGCUUCUACGACCAAGUUAGAACAAGAAAUAAGUUCUUAUUUUGCUAAUUUGCAUGCUGCACUGCAAACGAUCGAGUAUCGAUUGAAAGCGGAGGCAUCAACGGCUAAUAAGAAUUGUUCAACUGAUUUGAUAAACAUUAAUCAAAUGCUAUCUCAUAAUAUUAUGCAGUUAACGAAUCUGGUUGGGAUAGCGAAUAGCGCUUUGUCGCCUCAUAACGCGAAGAAAAUUAAUAUGAGUUUAAUAACUGAAAAGUUGGAAAAUUCGAUCAAACUGCCGUGCCAUUUUGUAGAAGAGAAAGUUAUCACUGAUGAGGAACUUCAAUUUCGAGUGCGAGAAAAUAUUUUAAAUAAAAUAGAAGAUAAUUUUACCAUAAUAAAUCCUGAACUUACAAAAUACAAACUUAUUACCACCGACGAACUUCCUGAAGAUUUUUGUGUUGAAGAAGGUUCUGUGUUGAGUUCAUCUAUUAGUAGUUUCGGAGACAGAUCUGACGAUGAUAUUUUAUUUUCUACGCCAGACAGGAAAAAAUCAGAUUUAUAUGCCUCGGAAGUGUAUCUGUCUAGUGACAGCGCAUCAACAACAGACACUGAUAAAACGUAUAAUAACGAAAGACAACGUCGCUGUGGUGAUCAAAAGGAAUCAGUUAUUGUGACCCAUAUUAAUUCUCCUCAAUCAUUUUUUGUACAGUUCUAUCGUAGCUCGAAAGCGAUACAGAAUAUGAUUCGAGACAUAAAUGUGUACGUCAAAAAUAACUGCCACUUUUUAAUAAAGGAAGUGAAAAUAAAUAACAUAUACCUCGUGAGGUAUGAUCAAAAAGGCAAUCAACAGUGGUGUAGAGGUAGAGUUAUUAGCAGACUAGACGACGACGUUUAUAGUGUGUUCUUUAUUGAUUACGGAAAUGUGGAGCCCAUCAAACGGAAUUUAAUAAUGGGCAUCAGCCCGGAUUUGGCGCGUGUGGCUCCAUUUGCCAUCGAGUGUAAACUCUUUAAUUUAUUUCCAAAAGACGAUCUCACCUGGGAGACGAAAGCAGUGACUUUAAUGGCACAAAUACUGACUGGGAAUAAUAGGAGAGUAAUCAUGACUACUCAAAAUAAAAGCGAUGGAAUAUAUGAAAUUGAUUUGCUAUCAAUUUCUGUUGAUGGUGAUACGACGUCGGUAAGGGAAGCCCUUUUGUACAUGGGAUAUGCUAUAACAUACUGUAAGUCUCCGCCUGUCGAAAGAAAAAAGCCCAAUCAUAUGAAGACUAGAAUGUUCAGAAAACCGAACACGUUUAAAACUGAUGACCAACUGGUCGUGAUAUUGUCACAUGUUACAGAAGAAUUGGAUGUUUUCGUUCAGUUUGCUGAUUUUUACCACCAAAUAGAAGCCCUUAGUGAAAAACUUGAAAAAUAUUACGAAUCCAAACCGAAAUCAAAUGUUAUUUAUGUACCAGAAAAAGGUGUACCUGUUGCUGUUAAAUGGAAUAAUGGACGGAAAACGACAUGGUUUAGAGGGAACGUGGUUGAUACUUUGAUGGGUCGAGGUUCUGUGAUAGUAUACUUGGUAGAUUAUGGGGCAACAAUUAAUGUUAAUGUAACAGCUGUACGAAGAUUACUGGAGAAUUUUCUACCUAUGGAAUGUCAGGCCAUUAAAACAAAACUUGCACACAUUCACGUGAUGCACUUAGAGCAAUGCAUGAAUAUACUUCAGAAAUACAUAAUGUCCGAAACAAAACUUAAAAUGGUAGUUAAAAACCCUGAAGAGAUAGAGGUGCUGCUUUUUGAGGUCUUUCCAACUUAUGAUUUAUGCAUAAACGCCCUUUUAGUGCAAGAGGGUGCUGCCAUUUCCACUGGGCACCUAUCACAAAAAGUGCAGUGGACCAAGGAAGUUGUCAAAAAACAGUCACAACCAGCGUUCACGUUAGACUUGAUGAAAACAAUUCAGGGUAGAAACACAUCGAACGAAUACCCGAGUAAAUCAAGUCCGCCAUGUGAAGAAGGAGGCAUCAAGAAACCUGUUAAGGUUUUACUAGCUGAAAGCCCAGACCUCAUAUACGUCUCCCUGGAAGACGACAACAUUAAGGAAUAUCAAAGUAGUUUGCAUAUUUUGCUACAAGAAUAUUAUCCCGCCGAUUCCAAACAGAAAACAAACUGGGAACUUGAAGAUCUAUGUGUCGUAUACAAUGAACAUAGUAAAACUUUUAAUAGAGCCAUUAUAAAGGAAAUAGAAGGCGAAAAGAUCAAGGUGUUCCUCUGCGAUGGUGGCAAGCAUAUUACAGUCAGUCCCAAAGACGUGUACACUUUGGAUGACAAGUUUAAAAGAACUCCUAACGGGGCUAUUCGGUGUCAUAUGUCAGGAAUCACACCUGCUGGUGACCCGAAUAAAUGGUCCCGAAUGGCCGUCGAAUACUUAACGGAAUUAGUCGCAAAAGAGAAGAAUUUUUUCAUCAGUAAGAGCGGAGAGACUGAUCUCACUAACAAAUCGUUAGCCAUCACCUUAUGGUUUCAAGAAAUAACCCAGGCAGGUCCUCUGGAACCAUCAAAGGCCGUCUUACAUUCGAUCAAUAAUUUACUAAUCGUAAACGGUCUAGCAUUGAAAUGCAAAAAGGAACCUGCCCAAACCCAGCAAGUUACUGAUAAAGAUACAAAAGUUCCACAGGAAGUACAAAAUGCGAUGCAGCAAGUCUUGAAUCGUUUCAAUGAGGAAAGCGAAGGAAGAAAUAAUGUUGAAAUAAAACAAAACGUUGAAAAGGAUUAUAAAAAAAAUAAACACUCUAAACGUGGAAGGAACUCCAAUAAGAAGAAGAAUCUCCAGUCACGUAAAAAAGAGGGAAAACUCCAUGGGACCAUUAAACAACAGAGAGAGGAAGAAGUAAUUACCUCAGAUUCUGACGCUAAAUCUUCCAACUUGAAAAGCACGAUCAUCUCUAAGUCACAAGAUAACAUUUCUGUUGCUCCAGAAGAAAAAGCGCUUCCUCAUCCUCAAACGUCCUUGUCUGAAAACAACACCCCAAUUUGUCAAAAGAAGAACAACGAAAAAGAAGCAGCAGAUUGGAAUGCAAUGAUCGAGUCACAAGAAAAAAUGAUUCAGCUGGAACUGGAAGACACAGCAUCUUCAUCUUCUGUAGAACCAGAAAACAAAAUCGAAGACGACAUCCAUGGAUCUUCACUUCCUGUCCCAGUUGAGUCAGUUCCAUCAGAUUGGUUGCCUCCACUUGAAUUUUCGAAAACUUCGUUCACUGCAAUCGCAACUUUCGUAGAUAACAAUGCUCACAUUUAUCUUCACGAAUUAGAAAUCGAACCCGUACUUAAAAAAAUGGAGAUCGAAAUGAAAAAGGUCUUCAAUAACUGUUCUCCUGAACCUUCGGGAACCGUGUGGUUUGUCGGCCAAAUGUGCACGGUCAAGUACUUCAUGAAUAACAGCUGGUAUCGAGGCAAAAUAAUUAACAUUACAGACGACUCCAUAAAGGUACGUAUGAUAGAUUAUGGAAACGAAGAAGAUUGCAAACAUGAAGAUUUACGAUCAAAGGUAAUGUUCCCUGACAUUCCUGCAAUAGCUUCGAAAGUUUGUUUGUACAACGUAUUUGCAAAAAGCGUUUGGCUUACUUCUGAUCUAGAUUUUUUGCACAGUACAAUAGUCGAUAAACAGGUAACGGUAGUCCUUAAAGGGAAUUCCAGGAAGAAGAACAGGACCGUUCCAGCAGUACUUUUUGUCGACUUGCAGAACGUAAAUGAUUACAUGUUGGAACAAUGCUCGAACUUGACCAGUAGGAGGUUUAAAAAGAAUCAAAAUCAAACAGAAGACAAGGACAACGAUGAUGAAGACGUUAUCAUUGUAAGAGAGCAUUCGUGUGAUGAAUCUUCUGGUAAAGAUUCGGUCAUUAAUGCGAGAAAAUUCACUUCUGCACCAUUGCCUGCUGCUAGUGACGAUACUGUAGAAGCAGCAAUCAUCAGUGUGAUUGAUUACAAUAAAAUAAUCAUUGAAUUUUCUUCUGAUAAUGACGAACAAAGGUUCUCCGAGAUAUCUCAUGAAAUGGAGCUCCAGGGGGACAAGCAGCCUCCAUUAAAACAUUUCUAUCUGGAUGCAGCAUGUAUCGCGAAAUUUAGUGAGGAUGAUACGUGGUAUCGGGCUCAGAUAUAUUCUUUGGACUUGCUAGAAAGUGGUUUUGUAUACGUGUGGUUCGUGGACUUCGGCAAUUUUGAUACCGUGUCAAUUGAAAAUGUGAAAGAAAUUAAAUUGGAAUGGUUGGAUUUUCCCUUGCAGCAUUUCAUAGCCGGAUUACACGGGGUGGAAUUAUCUCGAGACGGUGACGAUGAUCUAAUGUGCAGAGUAAUCGAUAAGCUUUCGGAAAAUAUACAAACGAUGAAGAAAAUCGAGAUUAUUAGAAGAAGCCCUCUCAGAGUGAACGUAUUCGAUUUGGAUGCUAACAGACUGAUGUAUCAAGAUUUAAUUGACAGUGGCGAUUUCGUUUACGAAGUGUGAAUAUGUUUUUAUUUAAUGUUUAAAAAGGAUAUCUAUCGUUUUUUUUUGUGUCGAAAGACGUACGCUUUAAUUUAGACCGCGUUACUGAAAAUUAUUUUUAUUUUCUACCCCGUUUUCCUUUUUGAUGUAUCAAUACGGUU